UCCGUGUCCCCGUCCCUGUCCCUGUAUUGUCCCGGUCCCGGUGCCGGUGCCGGUGCCGUCCCGCAGAUGGAGCAGAUCCAGCGCGCCAACCGCCUCUACUCCUCGGACACGAUCUUCCUGAGAGCCACGCUGCUCAUCCCGGGGCACGGCGAGCCGCCGGGGGACAGCCCCGGGGACAGCCCCGGGGACAUCACCGGGGACAUCACCGGGGACAGCCCCGGGGACAGGGACAGCCCCCGGGACGGCCCCCGGGACGGCCCCGGCCCCUCCCGGCGCGACCUCUCGGCCUCGGAUUUCCUGCGGCGCUUGGACGCCGAGAUCGGGCGCUGCAAGGAGGCGGCGCGGGGGCUGCGGGGCCCGGGCAGCCCCGGGGGUGGCCCCAGCCCCGCUCUGUCCCCCCGGGGGGCCCGGCUGGGACCCCGGCCCCUCACCAGGACCCCGCGGGCGGCCGCGCUCAGGGACAGCGAGGACGAGAUCUUCACCUUGUGACAGCGGGGACACCGGGGACAUGGGGACAGCGAGGACACUGGGGACACCCGGGACGAGAUCUUCACCUUGUGACACCGAGAACCCGAGCCUGGGCACACCCAGGAUGUGACACUGAGGACACCCGGGAGGUGCCACCAGAGGUGCCACCGCUCCUCGCGGCCGUGGGCCCCCAGGGGACACGGGGACUUUGGGGACGUGUCCUGCUGUCCCCUCCCUGUCCCCCUUUGGGGCCGCAGGGCCACCCCCGGGGCACCUGGGAGCCACUGGGGACAGGGACAGGGACGGUGCCACCACCCCCUGCCAGCUUGUAAAUAAACCGGAGCAUUGUCACCA